AUGAACGGCGAUGCGGGCUUGAUAGGCAGCCUAGUGGACAGGCUGACCACGAGGCUCCCUCACCGAACCGGCACGCCGUCUCAAGACCUUUCCCAAGACGAUAUCGUCUCCAUCACUCGCGCCACUCUGGUCAAACUGAGCGCAACCUCCCUCUCUUCCGUGCUCGAUGCCCUCUUGACUCUUCUCGAAGACCUCAUUCGUCCUUACCGCACCCUGCCCCCAUUCGAACACCCGCCACACGUGUUUUUGUCCGAACUCUACGUUCUCGAGCUCAUUGCCGACUGCUGCGCGAGCAAUUGGUUCCGGUCGAAGAGCCCUACUGACCCGGCAUCUCCCCCCACUGCCGAUCGCGAUGCCGAUGCUGGUCUAUUAUCCCUCUCUCCCGCAGAGCGUGCCGCAUUUAUCCCGUCGGAGCCGCUCUCGGACGUCCAGCUCAGACGCAUAUUCGAGCUUAUCAAGGUGCUUUUUGAACCCAUCCCCGAGGGCUACGUCCCCCCGGCCAAGGCCAUCCUGGACGACUCGUCCUCCAAACCCAUCACAACCCCUCUGGCCCCCGAAGAGCCCACGCGGACGCCGCUCUCUACGAGCUCCAGCGAGCCGCCCGAGACGAGGAACCUACACCAAACUCAUGCCGCCGCCAUUGAAGCUCACAUAAAGCUGAUUGUCGAGUUUGUGACGGCGUCGAGUUGGCAGGCCGCCUUUGAUCACUUCCGCGCUGUCAUCUAUGCCGCCCGAAACAACGCCGCUUCCGGUGCUGGCUCUCUGUCUAACCCCCUCACGCCUGAGGAUGAACGCUCAGCCCUAAUCAUGCUCCGUCUGGUUUCCUCCUUUUGGCUAGACGGCCAAAAGCUGAGCCUGGUGAUUCAGGAGUUCUGCUCCAGCUUCCUGCACUUCCGGAAGUCAUUCCAGAACGCCAUUGCGGUUGUCAUGCCCCAGAUUAUCACGCGAUGGCUGGACCGCUACCCGGCCGAGUUCGUUGCUCUGCACUCUGUGCACAACCCCAAGCGCCGCGAGACCGCCCCCGACACCCUGUUCGACAUGUCGCUGACCAUCGGAGACAACGGCCGCCGGAAGAGCCUGCUCUACCCGAUGCAGAUGACGCUGCUCUUCCUGCAGCCCGACGUCUUCGAGGUCGCGUCCAACAUGCGGGAGUCCAAGGGCGUGAGCAUGGCCAAGAAGGUCCAGUUCUUGGACGGCCUGCGCAAGGCCCUGCGCAACCGCAACGAGAUGGCUGCCUACUGCCUGGUGCUGCUGCUGCGCGUGGCGCGUCAUUUCGAUGGGGAGAGCGAUUCGGCGCUGAUGAGCUACGCCAUGGAUGUGCAGGAUGAGGUAAAAGAUGCUGUGUUCCGGCGUGCAGGCCCCGGCACUGGAUCGCCGGAUGGUCAGUUAUUUGAUCAGGAUCUGAUGACGGCUGCGUUUGUUUCGCUGUCGCAUUUGAAUUUCGAGAGCACGAUUGAUAGUUUGGCGGCGACGUGUCUUGGGUCCUCGGCACCUCAAAGGUUCAAGAUCGCGUUGAUCCAGGCAUGUGCGCACUUUGCGCGGCUGGGGAAUAGUCAGAAGUACCAGCCUUUGUUUACCGCGGCGAGUGCGUUUAUCCAGGGGCAGCUGAGGGCUAUGUGGGAACUCCUUGAAGAGGGCUACAUUGAGGACCAAAGUGCCCAACGGAAGGCGGUCGAGAGCGCCACUACCAUCAAUAUGGUCUGUAACAUCCUCAAUUUCUUGGAUGCCUCGCCCAUGACCUUGUUCGAGGGCCCUCCCAGCGAUCGGUCAGGUCGCGAGGAGUUCUACGAGGACAACUUCGAGGCCCUUGUGUGCUGCAUGAUCGCAUCAAAUGAAUCGGUUCGACGGCUGGCCAUCAGCGUGGCAAAGAAACUGUUUGCAAAAGAAAAUGUAUUGUCGUCAUUGAGGAACUCGAAGGCGCUGGGCGCGCAUGGGUUCAAGACGAAGUUCUGGAAGAUCACGUCGCUUAUUCUCUUAUCGAUUUGUGAGCGAGCUAGACUUCCUUGUACGGCCGAGAUGCUUCGGUCCAUCAAUGACUACCUGGAAGCGAGGUUAUUGCUUCUGUCAUCGAUUCCAGAGCUGGGAGAAACACCAGAAGAUAUUCCCGAGCGGACGAUCGCCUCCACGAAGCUAGAGACGCUGUUCUUGGUUUCUCUAUGUUCGGCCGACAUGGAAGCAUGCCAAAUGGUGACGUCUUGCAUCGCAACCUUCCUCGAGGAGUGUCGCGCCAUCGAUACCGCGCAGGCGGCCAAGUCGUCGCUCACAUUGCUGCGGAACAGCGAGAUUUGGGCCGAAAUCUCGACCCGUGACUUCCGCUUCACUGGCGUGGUUGCUUUCCAGAAGCGUACCAGGGCCUUGCUUCGUCGCAUGCAGUACCCCAGUGCCGGCAUACUUGACGCCUGGGAGAUUGUGUUCAAGAAUUGGCUGCCGCUGUCAAAUGAAGUCUCACAGAGCCUUGAGACGGUCGUUACGGAACGCAUGGUGGCCGAAUGGCGUAACUAUUCCGGAUUCCUUGCUUCGCUAGGCGGCAUCUGUACCGCUGAGCAGGCUGCUAAUCUCGAGGAGCCAGCUAUCAGCGGCUUGCGUUGGAUUGAUCGCCUGCCGGCUGGCACGAAUGAUGAGCCGUUGCUGACGCGCUACCUUCGCCGCAGCAUUCAGCUCCUUGCUUGCCCCAACAUCCGCGUGCGCGAAAUCAUGCGCGAAGUUCUCGCCACCGAAGUGCCUCCGUCGCUGUUCCAGCCGCUCUUCAAGGCCCUCGAGACCGAGCUGGACAUGCUGUUUUCCAGUGCCUCGAUUGAUCCGGCUGUCCGCGCUCGCCAAGGCCAGGGAGUUGAUACGGACAUAAUCUUCGUGGAGCAGUCGUCAUCCCUCCUACGCGCGCUGGUUGAACGUCUUGAUACCCCUGCUACAGCUGCCGAUCCAAACAUCGCUGCGGCCGCUAUAUCUGCGUUGCCUUCCUUGCAUCUCGGCGCAUUGUGCCUCAAUUUUGCCAAGCUGCUUGAUCGCAUCGCCCCAGAUACUGUUAGCAGCUUGAGGGUCAAGAUCAAGGUGUGCCAUCUCACCGAAGCGGUCACUAAGCGCAAGGAACACCUCAACUUGCGCGAUGAUGUCCGUAUCCGCAACCAGUUGCUGGAGUACAUAUUUGGCUGGAUAGCACGGCCACGAACGCCUACUCGGAGGGACACUGACCCUUCUGGCGGCGGAGGCAGGGCUGGCGACGAGAUGGCUCGCCUUCAACGCGACUUGGACCGCGCCUGUCUCAAAUCACUUGCCGAGCUAACGUUCCGGCUGCCACUACAGCCCGCUGAGGGUCUGACCGACGCCGAUAUGAGCGAGCUCAAGAGCCAGAUGUUCCACAAGUACUUCAACCGGUUCCUCUCGCUGUUGAACCUGGACCCCAGCGGUCUGGCGAACAGCACGGCUGGCCUCGGCGGCGGAUACAGUGGUUAUGGAUACAGCCACCAGGGCCUGGAUCUGGCCCGCGAUCAUUACCAUCAUUAUUAUCCUGCCCCGACGGGGGGCAACGCCGGUGGGGGGCAAGGGCUGGAGGCGUCGACGGCUGACUUGGCGAUUACGAUUCUGUCGAACCUGUUGAGUGCGAACAUCGAUAUGGGAUUGAAGCACUCUCUUAGUAUUGGAUACCAUGAUAAUGUCGAGAUUCGGACGGCAUUCGUCCGGGUGCUGUAUAACAUCCUUAUGCAGGGCGCAGAGUUCAAUAACCUCAGCGAUGCGGCAGUAAAUGAGAUGUAUGAAGGCUUGUUGGAGCUCCUGACGACGGACAUGAGCUUGGUGAAGGCCAUGUGUGCCGUCUGCCCUAGCCAUGAGGUAGACGACUUGACCAUCGCGCUGCUCAACAUCUUUGAGCCAAGGGGCUUGACCUUUGUUUUGUUGGAGGAGUUGAUCAAGCAGGAGGUUGACGACACAUACAACGAGUCCGAACUUCUUCGUCGCUCAUGUGUGGCCACCAAGAUGCUUUCCAUCUACGGAAAAUGGAAAGGUGCCAGUUAUCUGCGCGCCACUCUGUCGAGCGUCAUCGAGAAGCUCAUGCGUAACUCCAAGGACUUGAGUCUUGAGAUCGAUCCGGUUCGUGUGCCCUCGUCAGAAGAGAGGCUCAAGAAUGUGGAACACCUAGAGAUCGUGACCAAGGUCUUCAUCGAGAAGAUUGUUGAGUCAGCAUCCAGCAUGCCAGCGUCCUUCAGGAAGAUCUGUUACAUUAUCUCCCAAGCGGUUGUUAAGAAAUUCCCCAACGCAAAGUACACAGCCGUGGGCGCUUUCAUCUUCCUGCGAUUCUUUUGUCCGGCCAUUGUGGCUCCGGAGAUUGAGGGUCUGGUCCCGACUGCUCCGUCUAACCAUAUGCGCCGCGGCCUGCUCCUCGUCGCCAAAAUCAUCCAGACGCUGGCCAACAACGUUCCGUUCGGCGCCAAGGAGCCUUACAUGUACCCUCUCAUGGACUUCUUGACCAAUAACAUCUACACGGUGACCACGUUCCUGCGCGAAAUCUCCUCGGUGUCGCCCGCUCAAGUCGAGAGCUCGGCUCAGACGGAAUCGUUUGACUUCAGCUCAUGUGUUGCUCUGCACCGCUUUCUGUAUGAACAUUGGGAUCACAUUCGCCAGCGCCUCGCUGCUAAGGAGCGGCGGGAUCUGGUUCGUUCCCCAGCCGAAUCCACAAGAGGACGGGCUCCUAUGAUCGAUCCGCUGCGCAACCUCAUCAUGGAGAUGAGCAUGGGCCCCCCGCCGUUAGCAGUGACAUGGAACCGUCCUCACAUCUCGGCCAACACCCCGCCUGCCUAUUCGCGCUUCCAGGACUUCAUGAUCCGCAACGCCUUUCGCAAUACCGAAUCGUACCUCACAGCACGUGCUAUCUACGACGGCGGCGAGAGCAAAGAUGGACUGUCUAUUAUCUGCAUCAUCCUGCGGCACAUUGAUGCCGAGUCCAUCGACUACGACACGCUGAUAUUCUGCUACCUCAAGAUCGCCAGCCGGCUGUGGCACCGCCCCUUCGGUUUGCUCAUCGAUGUGACUGGCUACAACGGGCAGGCUGAACCCAAGGAUGAGUUGUUCCAAAAGCUGGAGAUGCUCACACCAACCGAGCUCGCGCGCCAACUUUCGCGCAUCUACAUCUACAACAUGAACAGUGUGUCCAAGAAGUGCCUCAGGCGUCUCCUGCGUGCAUCCACUCGAAACGAGGCCAGCGUGUUCAGCCCUACUAACGUCGAUUACCACCUGAUCGGCAGCUUACAAGACCUUCAAACGCACUUCCACUUGAGCCAGCUGCAUCUGCCCAAGGAGACCAUCAGUGUGGUAACCGACACCCGCUACGUCUUCCAGCCGGUCACACGGCUCUCCAGAACCAGGGGCAAGAUCGAGGUGGUCAUCAAGGUCGGCAGCCAGUACGUGCAGGUCACAACGUGCAAAAAGCAAGAGGUGCCGGGCUUCCAUUUGAGCACCACCAUCAACGACAUCUUCCGUCUAGGCGAAAUCGAGGAGGCACCUACUAUGAUCCAGACAGAGGACGACUCUGCCUUUUGCCUGCGCGCUGACAAUGGCAAGAUCGUCAUGUAUUUCACUAGCCCCAAGAAGGCAGACGUCCUUCAAGCUAUCCGCCUGGCCAAGGCCAAGUACAGCAAGGACAUGCGGUCGCUGAAGACAACGGACCGUUUGAUCCGGCCGCAGGAUGUGCCUGGUACUCUCCUCAAUUUGGCCUUGACGAACUUGGCUAGCGACGAUCCAGUGCUACGAUUAUCCGCAUACAACCUGCUGAGCGCUCUGUGCAAGGCCUUCAAGUUUACUGCUGCGUCGAAGUUGAUGAGCACUAAGGAUAUUUCCGUACCGCUGGACCCGUCGCGGUUCAUUAUCAAGAUCAGCAAGAACCUGGCUGAGACGGAGCCACAGCUUACCUCGGAUUUCUUGACAGCCUUUUUCGUUGGCUGGGAGAGCUUUAGCGACUCCCAGAAGCCAUUGAGCCUGGCGUACAUGGCUCCGUGGAUCCCGGGACUGCGCACGUCGCUGCUGGCGAGUGAGCCCGAGUCAGAGAAGGGCCGCGAAAAGAUAGCGGUGCUGUUCCGCAAGCUCAUCGAAGUUGCGUUCGGCGAUGCCGCGUUGAUGCUGACGCUGGAGCAAUCGGUGUGGCCGGCCAUCUGCCAGGAUGAAGUACUCCUAGACAUUUUCCUGGACGAGAUCAUCAAGACUGCGUUGACCUACGGUUUCGACGACGAGCACACCGAAGUUCUGACGUCGAUUGCCAGCAGCAUAGGAACCAUCACGCUGCGCGGCAAGAUCAUUUCCCGGCUUCGCAAGGCUGUCAACCGCUCAUCACUGCGGCCGACCAAGCACCUGCCUGACAACACUGUGUGGAACGAGAUCUGCGUGUUGCUGCAAUUCUGCCUCGCCCUGUCCUUCGAUAGCGGUAUCCAGGCACAAAUGUACCUGCCGGAGAUCUUCCAUAUUGUCACCAUGCUUGCCAACACGGGCGCUCCAGAUGUGCGCAUCGCCGUACACCGUCUGCUGAUCAACUCGCUGCACUCUGCUUGCACGUCCUUCUCGCUCGACGAGACGCGGUUGGCCAAGUUGCGCGCUACGCUCGAUACACUAUCGGAUCCAAAGAACGAUAUCUUUGUCAACUCUGUGCCAUUCGUGCGUGAUGGAGCAUCGAUCUCGACCCAACAGGAGAGUGGGCCGGCAACGCUGGCAGCCACAGAGCACCUAGCGACCAUCUUGUUUGAAGUUUGCUCGCUCGCGGCCCCUUCGGUUGAUCUGACCAACGCAUGGCGUGCUCGUUGGAUGGGCCUUGUGGCCAGCACGGCUUUCCAGAAUAACCCGGCAAUCCAGCCACGAGCCUUCACUGUCAUGGGCUGCCUGGCGCGCGAGGAUGUCGAUGAUGACCUGUUAUACCAGGUUUUGGUUGCCUUGCGCCACAGUGUCAACCGCUAUGCAGAAGAUGGUAGUUCUGACUUGCUCGUUUCCAUCUUGACAGCGCUUUCGAAGAUGAUGAUCAAGCUGCCAACCACCUCACGUUAUGGUUUGCAGCUGUUUUGGCUGGCUGUGGCCUUGCUGCGCCUUGUGCCUGCCAACCUCUUCAACUGCACAGCGCUGUUCCUUGAGGCUGUCCUGGCUAAUAUUCGCACCGCUCCAGACAUGCGCGGCGACAAGCUGGUGCCCUACCUGCUUCAGGGUCGUGCCCAGCUCGAGGACGUUGCUUUGCCGCUUGAUGAUGCCUAUGGCAUUCACUUCAAUGCCGAUAACUUCCACUUUGCGGCAUGCGCGUGCCUGGUCCGCGGCUUGACGGACGCUGUCACCAGGCCAACAGCACUUCGCGUCCUCUCGACCUUCUUGGAGAUAACCACGGCAACUUCAUCCUCGUCCCGCGGGAGCCGGGGCCUAUCCAGAGAUGCUACGGCACCACCAGCGAACAAUCCGGAGCGCGACCUAGCCGAUUUCACUUCCUCCCCUUACAUGUCCCUGAUGCUUGCUCGCGCCGCCUCAGUCGACGAACUCCGCGAGCACCUCUGGGAGGCUGGGCUUAACGUCGUCAUUCCCCCAUCCACCGACCUCUCCGACCUGCGCGCCACGAUCGUCGACCUCUCCCGUCUCAAGGACAAAGACCUCCUGCUCAACACCGCCCUCGAGCUCAUCGACUUCCGGUACUUAGACGACGCGAGCCAGUCCCGCACGCUAACGUGGCUCAACCGCAUCGCGACCGCACGCCCGACCGUGGCCAUGCCCCUGUAUGCGCCGGUUGUUGAUAUGCUAGAUGAGGUCUUGAUGCACUGCCAGAAUAGCAGCACGCUGAAGAUGGCACAUGUGCUGCUGCAGACUCUGACUGUGGGUAGUGGGCGGUUGAAGGCUGGCUCCGCGGCUGCGGCAGUGGAGUCGAGCGCGGCAAUGCUGGGGGAGUUGUUGGAUGAGCUGGGGGUAGAGGGGCUGUGGAAGGCGGGGAGCAGGGAUCUGGGGAACAGUAGUAAUGGUGGUCCUGGAGGGCCAGGGACGGGUGUAGAGAUGAUGGAUAGAGAGGGGAGAGGGUGUUUUGGGUUGACGGAAAAGUUGAUUGAGCUUAUCAUCAUGUGA